UGGCUCCUAUGGUUCGACAUCGCCUCACCCGGCGUAAACGAAGGCGACCAAGCUAGAUGGUACUUGGACACGGCAGCUAACAUUGGGGAUUUGCAGUUGCAAAGGAAGAGAUAUUUAUUUAUCUCGUCUUUGAACCAGACCGUACCACCAUGGCUCUUUACGAAUAUGUCACUCAGGAGCAGCUCGCGGGUUUCGAUAAAUACAAGUACAGCGCUGUGGACUCGAAUCCCCUGUCCAUCUACGUCAUGCAUCCUUUCUGGAACUUUGUUGUGAAGUUUCUACCAACAUGGUUGGCACCAAACCUCAUUACGUUUACAGGCUUUAUGUUCCUUGUGUUGAACUUCCUUAUGUUGGCCUUCUACGACUUUGACUUCAAUGCAUCGUCUGCAGGACAUGAACACGUGCCUAGUUGGGUCUGGGUUGCUGCGGGGAUCUUCAACUUCUUAGCCUAUACACUUGAUGGUGUUGAUGGCAAACAGGCACGUCGCACCAACUCCUCCACGCCACUAGGGGAGCUUUUUGACCACGGUCUGGACAGCUGGGCCUGCAUCUUCUUUGUGGCCACCGUAUACUCUAUAUUUGGGCGCGGGGAGAGCGGCGUCGGUGUGGUCACGCUUUAUUACAUAUUGUGGGUGGUGCUGUUCUCCUUCAUACUGUCUCACUGGGAGAAAUAUAACACUGGCAUCUUGUUUCUGCCUUGGGGAUACGACAUCAGCCAAGUGACUAUCUCCCUUGUUUACUUGGUCACUGCUGCAGUGGGUGUGGAAACCUGGUACAAACCAAUUGUUUUUAACCUUCUCUACAGAGACCUUUUCACCUUUAUGAUCAUUGCUUGUUCCUUCAGUGUGACUUUACCUAUGAGCCUCUACAAUGUUCUGAAGGCUUACAGGAAUAACACUCUGAAGCACAGCAGCCUGUAUGAAGGUUUACUGCCUUUCCUUUCUCCAUUCCUUCUGUUUGUCCUGUCCACUGUUUGGGUGAUCUACUCUCCAUCCAACAUCGUUGAGCUGCAGCCCAGGCUCUUCUACCUCAUGGUGGGGACAGCUUUUGCCAAUGUCACAUGUAAGCUGAUUGUGUGCCAGAUGAGUAACACACGCUGCCAGCCGCUGAGCAUCCUGUUGCUGCCCAUGACAGUGGUGGUGGUGUUAGUCAUCACCAGGGUGUUCACCAACGAGACGCUUCUGCUUUAUUUGUGGACAGCUGCUGUCGUAUUAGCGCAUAUACACUACGGCGUGUCAGUGGUAAAACAGCUCAGUAACCACUUCGGCAUCUUUGCCUUUUCCCUCAAGAAGCCUAACAGUGACUGACAGGAGGAGGAACGAAUCGGCUUGAAAGGAGCAGAAGUUUAGGCUUCUGUCCUCCUCGACUUACCGACACUUCACGUUCAUCACCACGGAAACCGCAUCCCCUCCCCUCCCCUCCAUCCAUAAGGACACUGCAAGUGGAAUGGACUAGGGCUCCUUUUUCCGUUAUCUUCAAACACAAAUGCACACACACACACACACACACACAUUCACUCUGAACAUACACACUAACACAUUCCCUAACCCAUCAACCAACCAAACUGGUGUCAGUGAUGAGGUGGGCCAAGGGGCUCUGGCUUCCGUCAUUGAUUGGCUAACUUGGUUGAGCCAAUGAGGUGCAAUUGUUUCCUAGGGAAAUGUGCUUCGGUCGCGAGGACAGGAGCCCAGACGAACCGUGCAAAGACAAACACUUCUAUUGUUUGUACUGCUAUCUUCGUGGGGACCCUCAUUGUCUCAGAGCAAUCCCCAGAUCCCCUUAUAUUACCCAUCACAAGUCAAUGCCUAACCCUUAACCACACCUGUUUCUAUUCUAAGCCUCCACCCUCACACAGCCUGACAUGUGCGGUCUGACCCAAAGUCAGGAAAGGCAGAAAUACAACCCCACCCCCCCAACUCCCAAGGUCUUCACAAAGAUAGACGUACAAGCUAAUUACCAGGAAAAGAAAACAUAUUCUGCUUUAAUGCAGAUGAAUAAUAUUUUGUGGCCGGUAUCUCAUUCUAAACACAGCCACAGAGACACACACGUGUACACACAAGUAUUAUGAAUGUAUAAUAUGCCUUGGGGAAAUGCCAUUUGAGUUUUAUUAUUAUUAUUUUAUUAACAGGAAUGCCUCAAGUAGUGCUGUUGUUUAACUUGACCAAGCCAUUAAACUCUGGCUGCGUGUGGCUCCCACAGUUACAGCCAGGUCCAGCGUUUAAAGGUUCAGUCACUUUUUUUAUUUUUAAUCAGAUGGUUUGCGGUUGGAUCUCUGUGAUAUAUGUUAAUAGAUAUAUAUAUACAAAUGGUAUGUGUUCGGGGAUUAGGGGCAUCUUUUUUCUAACUAAAUGAAAUUGUAAAACAUUGUACAAAUUUCCCUCUGAAUUUCACACUCUGCUCUGUUGUCUUGAACAGAGUUGAUUAUUGACUGACUAGGGUGACCUUUACUAACUUUCCACUUUGACUCUUGUCUGAGCACUGACUUCCCAGCUCUCCCUACUAUCAGAAGUGUCGCGUCUUCAUGCUGAUUCGUUCUUUUUUUUUUUUUUUUUUAUUAAAUGUUUUUUGUUGAAUUUUUCAUUAACAUGUUUUUUUUUUUUUUUUGUUUGGUUUGUUUUUGGGGUUUUUUUGUUCAACUGCUGCCAUGGCAAACGGUGUGUGGUUAAGUUGCGUCGCACUUGAAUGAAGAGUGGGUCCAAAAACCGCUAACGGAGCGGGCUCACUCUGAGGGAACAAGUCGUCGCACAGGACACCGCAAACGCCACAACGCCGCCUGGCGCCACGCUCUCCUCGCACAGGUAUUAUCACACCUUUUUCAGCUGUGUGUCGGAUAAUUUGUCUCGUUGCUUUUCCCAGUCCGGUAAACACUGUUCAUCUUGAUGUGAUUCCAACUAUGUCUCCCAUGUGAAGGACAUUCAAUCAUGGCUGCACUAUUUAGAUUAUCAUCAACCUGGUUUUCAAAGCAAGGCCGAAGAAGAAAGGGGCGGGCUUGUUGUAGUCGUGUGUUGAUCCUUUUGAAUCCUCUUUUGGCCUUGUGGUUGAAAGGUGACAAGUUCAGCUCAAAUUAUUCUUCCACCAGUCUGUUUUAAACCCAGCCACACCAGAAGAAAAACAUUGUGAUGAUGUAAAGCUCUGGGAUACCUCACUGUUCAUCUUGAAGUGGAACAGGUGGAACCAAUAAGCUGUAAAAACAACAACAAACAUAAGGAUCAUCACUGAAUAUGAAUUGUAGGAAAACCUUGGACUUGCCUUAGGAAUGGCCAGUCCAGUUUGGAGUUGAUGUUUAUUAGUUAUCUGGAUGAAUGUGAAUAUCCAGUCAUAGUUAUAAUCAUCUCUUAUACAGUCAUCUAUAGUUAAAGUAUACAUAGGAAACAUUAGAGGUGCUGGGGAUGAAUAGGACAAGCUGACGUCCUCUCUGCAUUUUUACCACUUGUGCAGAAGUUUUGUAUUUAAACUGUUAUUGAGCAUCACUGAACACUGAGACCACAGGCACAACCCAGCAGUGUCCCUGUAUGUCUGGGAGGAAUAAAAAAGUAACUGUAUCUGCUGUAAUACACAGCUGGGGAAACCCUGUUUCCAGUCGUAAGCAUGUUAUAACAGUUGAAACUGAUUGCAUUAUUUUUUUUUUUUAAUUAAGCUCCACUCUGUGACAAAGUAGAUUGUAGUGACGUGGCAACAACUGUGACUGAUUUAAGCCCCGGCACAGUGAGUUAACUGUGUUUCUGGGUUUAUGCACUGUGUGGGUAUGUACAGCUCCACUGGUACAUCUCUGUUCAAGUAUGGGUGUAUACGCUGUGUGUAUGAAUAUCUCUGUAAAUACAUAUUGUUGUUUCUUAAUUUUUUUUAUUUAUUUAUUUUUUUCAACUACAAAUGGGAUUGUUGUCUGCAUGGCACAUUAGAUGAGCAGAGUGUGAUGCCAGUCAGCAGUACAAAACACAAAAUGGUUUAUGGGGCAGCGUUUAAACGUGUCAAUCUUGGGUGUUUUUUUUAUUUUGUUUGUUUUUUGCUGGUUUAUCAAAUGAUUGAAUCACUUUCAGUUCUUUUCUUUGGGAUCGUUUGGAAAGGAGCAGUAGGACCUCCUCUCCAGGUUGCAGACACCGCAGGCUCAAUGCUUAAUGCUAACAGGGAAUUCAUUCAUUCAUUCAUUCAUAUCAGAGAAAAUGUUUCCUGGGAAGGAAAAAAACAACUUUGCCAUUCAAAGAAGCGAGCAAAACAUUCAUCAUGCUGCUUCCUUAGUUUCUUUACAAUCCACUCCGGGUUGCUCGGCUUCACUCGCCACCUUCAAGGAGACACGAGUCUUAAUUACCCACACCCACCCUGCAGAUUGAUGAACCAAGCUGUUGUAUAAUGCUGCUCUGGCAAACACUCCAGAGCCUCAGUGUGGCUUUUUGUGAUGUUGUACUUAACCAGUGAAAGGAGGACUGUCCGGAAACAAAUAAAAAUAGAUUUUCUUUAAUAUUUU